UGUUUAUACACUGCUGUUGGUUUGGUUGCAUAUUCUUAUGUCAUGUAUUGGAUUUGUGCAUAACCUAUAAUAAAUAAUAAUGUCGUUCGUUUCGAGUAUAGUUAAUGGUUUGAAGGCUUGGAAUCCUCUGAAAGUGCCGGUCAGAUUCAGGUAUCACUCUGAAAAAAUUGCAAAGGGCCCCACGAUCCGUCGCUACGGCUUUGACGAUAACAUCCUGCAAAAGGGACCUUUACCGAAAGUGGAUCCGAGCUACAAGAAACUGCCGAUGCCAGAGUACAGACCCAAAGAUGCUUGGUCAACGAAGAGAGCGCUUUUCGGUCAGAACGAUUACAUCGAUAUACUAGGAAACGACAAAUUGCAUCCAACGAAGACACUCUACAAUCUUCCCAGUUGGGUGAGAGGUGUCAGCGGCAACGAGUUCCAGAUGCUCAUCCGCAAGAAGAAAAUAUUCCAUCACAGAGCGUACCCGAUCAACAGACCGACGAAAUGGAACGAGCUGAACAAGCGCAUCAUCUACCUGUACAAAUUCAUGAACAGACACACGCGCACCGGUUUCUCGAAACAGUAAGGGUGAAACAAAAAAAAUUAAUAAACUUAAUAGUGCGAGUGAAGAGAAAAAGUUUAUUUGUAUUAAACUUAAAUAAAUUAUAAGGAAACGUUGUCACAGAAAAGGAAUUUAUACGAAUGCAC